ACGGUUCGUCAACCCGUCCUCUCCUCCUCCAUACAAAAAUGCUACGGACACGUCUCCCUCAUUCUUUCUCCGCUUUAAUUUCCCCGACGAAAUCGAGCCCAACUACAACUAUCCAUCCAUUUCUUCCACUAGACAUCUCACCUUGCUUCCUCGCCACUCUCACUUCCUCUCCACGAGCAAGAGGAGCAAGAAGAACGAGGUCAGGUCAGUGAAGUGUGACCUGCCGGCUGUCGAAGAAUUGCGGCGCCAUGGAUGCGGGUGCAACUGCAAGGUCGUCGUCGUCGUCGGCGAUGAUGAUGAACCAGAAGAAGCCCUUGCUCUCGGAUGGCGAGCUGGUGGAGCUCCUGUGGCAGGACGGGGGCGUCGUCGCGCACGCGCAGACGCGCCACCGAUCGUCCGACGUCCUCGCCCGGAGCGGCGUCACCGGCGAGGAGGAGACGGCGUCCGCGUGGUUCGCGGAUGGCGGUGGCGGCGGCGGCGGCGACGACGACGCGCUGGGCCUGGGCAUGGGCAGGGACAUCUACUCGCAGCUCUGGCACAGCUUCGCCAAUGUCGACGGGCACGCGGCGGGCGCGCUCGCGCUCGCGACGCCGACGCCGACGCCGCGGGCGGCGGCGAGGAGCGACGACGUGUCGAGCCGUCUCGACGAGGCCGACCUGAGCAUCUGCGGCAGCAACGCGGUCGUGGCGCCGGCGCUGCCCGCGGACGACGACGACGACAUCGACGCCGCCGCGCCGCGCGAGGAGGAGGAGGAGGAGGAGGAGGGGCCGGGCGCCGCGCGCGCCGCCGGCGCGUCGUCGUCGGGCGGGUCGGGGAGCGGGAGCGGGAGCUACCCGCUGUUCAAGCGGGGGAGGGAGGAGCUGGUUGACAGCCUUAGCGAGGUCGCCGACGAGACCCGGCCGUCGAAGCGGCCGGCGGCGAAGCGCCGGACUCGCGCCGCCGAGGUCCACAACCUGUCAGAGCGUAGAAGAAGGGAUAGGAUCAAUGAGAAGUUGAGAGCAUUGCAAGAACUGGUACCUCAUUGCAACAAGACUGACAAAGCAUCCAUACUAGAUGAAGCAAUUGAGUACUUGAAGUCCCUGCAAAUGCAAGUUCAGAUCAUGUGGAUGACUACCGGGAUUGUGCCGAUGAUGUUCCCCGGUACCCACCAGCUCAUGCCACCGAUGGGCAUGGGAUUGAACACGGCAUGCAUGCCUGGGGCUCAAGCUCAAGGCCUGAAUCAGAUGCAAAGAACAACAUAUUACAUGAACAAUUCUCUGCCAAACCAGAUGCCUCAGAUCCCUUCUCCAGCUAUGAAUGCACCCAGUGUUCCAGACGAUAUGCAGAAUGAUAAUCGCAUCCGCGGGCCAAGAAAUCCUUUUCUUCAUUGCAAUGAUACACUGACAGCAACAGCUCAGGUGCCAGGUUUGUUUACCUAUGGAUCUCAAAUUGCAGAACAAAAUGAGAUUCAGGAGUUACUCUCUGGCGCUGUCAUUCCAUCCUCAUCUGAUGGGACCAUAAAAUAAGUAAGAUGUUUUGAUGUGACCAACAUGCAAACAACUAGGGGAGAUAAACAAAGGAAGGCAGAACAACUGGUCCUAGAAGAAUGAUUUGAUUCCAAGAUGCAGUUUGUGUCCUGUGAGUCGUGUAAGGCUGAAGCUUUGGGACACCACUCGGCAGUCGACACGUGUACACCGCCUCCUGAUGCUAUUCUUAUCUGAAGAGUAUAGUGAUCAACAUCACCUUUCUGUUUCUGGAAGGGUUUUUGUCUAUGGGAGAUGAACUGGAGGAUCCCUUUGCAUAGAUAAUCAAGACAACAGGAAGAUGCUUCAUAUGAUGCUACAUGUAUGGAAAUGGCAGGCACCGGCAAUAUGUGAAGAAUAUAGUGGCUGUGUGGACUCAGCUUGAGCCGGCAUCGCAAAAGCUGCACAAGAACACAACAGUGACAGUUUCACUCUUCUUUUAGCUGAUGUUACUGUUAUAUGAUGCCUGAGGGACAUGCAUCUGGUGAGUUCUUACAAGAACAAAUCAAGGAACCAAAUGACAGUUUUGGUUGCUAUGUUGAUUUUUCAACUGGAUAAGCAUAACCAUCGGUUCUUCAAGAUUGCACAUGGUCUAAAGCAGAAAAAGAACUUAGGUAGACUGAACCAUGUACAAUUCAGAUAUAUGGCACAUCAAGAUCAUUGGAAAUGCGCAGAUAUCGGCAGAAAUUUUGCUCCUGAACAAAACAGCUACCACAUCUGUAUCUCCUCUUGCCUUGGUACUCAUUGCCUCAUCAAUGUAACUUUCACCUUUCUCAUGAUCUUGACUGUACUACUUGCAACUAGUCGAAUUCCCUGCACAAUUGUGCAGUAGACAGUAUAGCAAAUAUGAAAUUGCAUUUCUUGUACAUCUAUAAUCACAUUAUUCGAUCAAUCUCCAUCAUUAUAAUUUGGACUUAA